AUUUAUUGAUACCAUAAAACAAAAGACGGCCCAACUCUGACUAGACUCUCCACCCCGAAAAGCUCGCACACAGUCUCUCCGCAAAUCUCUACAAAAAUCUCCAUAUCUCUCUCCACACCACAAUUCUGGAAUCUACUUCUCCGGUUGACUUUAUUCAUCUCAAUUCAAUGGAAGAUCAAGAUCUCUCCGCCCCUCUCGUUGAGCCUGAGCCCCAGGUGAUCCUCACCGUCCAUGAUGAUGAUGAUCAACGACCCUUUUCAAAUCAAGUUCCGGAACACCAAGAUAAUCAACUGGGUCAUCAUCAUUUUCAAAAUCUUGACGACCCUUUUGAGUUUCUUGGAUCGUCGUCCGGGUUUGAGGUGCCUGUGUCCACUACUAUCGAUCCGUUUAGGAACCAUACGUUGGAAAUUGAAGGGGUUUAUGAGUGGGUUAAGAUUGUGAUUUGUUUGCCUAUUGCUGUGUUGAGGCUUGUGUUGUUUGCGAUUUGUAUGAUGAUUGGCUUUGUGGCUACUAAGCUUGCUCUUUUUGGGUGGAAGGAUAGAGAUAAUCCAAUGCCUAAAUGGAGGUGUAGAUUAAUGUGGGUUACCCGAUUAGUCACCCGGGGUAUCCUUUUUUCUUUUGGCUAUCAAUGGAUAAAACGAAAAGGAAAACCUGCUCCAAGGGAGAUUGCUCCCAUAAUUGUUUCUAACCAUGUGUCAUAUAUCGAUCCUAUUUUUUAUUUUUAUGAAUUUUUCCCCACCAUUGUUGCAAGUGAUUCCCAUGAUUCAAUGCCCUUUGUUGGAACCAUCAUCAGGGCUAUGCAGGUGAUAUAUGUUAACAGGUUUACUCCAUCAUCAAGGAAGCAUGCUAUCAGUGAGAUAAAGAGAAAGGCUGGUUGCAAUAGAUUUCCUCGUGUUCUUUUAUUUCCGGAAGGAACCACAACAAAUGGAAGAUCACUCAUCUCAUUCCAACUUGGUGCAUUUAUUCCUGGUUAUGCUAUCCAGCCUGUUGUUGUCCGUUACCCCCAUGUACACUUUGAUCAAUCUUGGGGAAAUAUAUCACUGGCUAAGCUCAUGUUUAGAAUGAUAACUCAGUUUCACAAUUUCAUGGAGAUUGAGUUCCUACCUGUUGUACUGCCCUUGGAAAAUCAGAAGGAAAAUGCUGUGCGUUUUGCUGAAAAGACAGCUCAUGCUAUGUGUAGUGCUCUCAAUGUCGUGCAAACAUCUCAUGCUUUCGGGGAUGUGAUGCUUCUUGCUAAGGCACUGGAAUCUAAGAAGGAGAACCCGUCACUUUAUAUGGUGGAAAUGGCCAGUGUGGAAACGUUGUACCAUAUAAGCUCUUUCGAAGCUGUGCAAUUUUUGGAAAUAUUUCUUUCGAUGAACCCAGACAGCAGUGGGCACAUCGGAAUUGAUGACUUUUUAAGGGUUAUGAGGUUAAAGCAUUGUUGCCAGUCUGAGAAGAUGUUUCGAUUCCUUGAUGCGAAAAACACAGGUCGGAUAACAUUUAAGCAGUUUUUGGUUGGGUCGUCACAUAUCCUGAAGCAACCAUUGUUUCGACGAGCCUGUGAAGUAGCAUUCACUAUAUGUGACGCUAAUGUAAAUCAUUACAUUACACAACAAGAAUUGGGAGUUGCCGUUUUGCCUGCAAUCCCGGACAUAAACGAGGAUGAGACCCAAGAAGUAUUCAAAUUGUUUGACAAAGAUAAUGACGGGAAGAUCAGCAAGGACGAUUUCAUGACCUGUCUACGAAGAAACCCGCUUCUUAUCUCACUUUUCUCAUGCCAGUUAUCACAAAUAGACUUGACCUCUGAAGUUGCUGAUAAGAGCAUUGAAGAGAUGGUUUGAUGGAUGAACUCUGUUUGCCGAUCAUUUUUGAAAGUAGUCCAGUCUUGUUAAAUCGACCUCCCUUGUAUACAAAAUUAGUGGAGGUUGCGAUGAUUUCCCAUUACAUCGCUUGGGGACUAUAUACUUCUUCUUUGUUCCUUUCCUUUAUCUGGAAUGAGGAAGUGAUCACUUAUGUAACAUAUUGGAUUGCAGUUGCUAGUUUUUGUACUGUUUACCUGAUAUCAUUUUGUUAUUGUGAAAUACAAAUAUAUUUCCAUUCAUAUCCAAAGGGUGGUGGAAUGGAACUUAUUUUGUUUUAAUAUUUAAAGCUUGGAAGUUGGUUUUUGGCGAA